ACAGCAGCUUUAAAUUUUCUCACUCCUUUAAGAAACUUUAUAGAAGGAGAUUAUAAAACAAUUGCUAAAGAAAGGAAGCUACUACAAAAUAAGAGACUGGAUUUGGAUGCUGCAAAAACCAGACUAAAAAAGGCAAAAGCUGCAGAAACUAGAGCUUCAUCUGAACAGGAAUUAAGAAUAACUCAAAGUGAAUUCGAUCGUCAGGCAGAGAUUACCAGACUUCUGCUAGAAGGAAUUAGCAGUACACACGCCCAUCACCUCCGCUGUCUGAAUGACUUUGUAGAAGCCCAGAUGACUUACUAUGCACAAUGUUACCAGUACAUGUUAGACCUUCAGAAACAACUGGGAAGUUUUCCAUCCAGUUAUCAUUCUAACAACAAUCAGACUUCCGUGGUACCUGUACCAUCUGCUUCAUCAAAUGUGAUUGGUUCUUCUGCCAUGACUUCAAGUGGCCUAGUAAUGACCUCUCCUUCCAACCUUAUUGACCUUAAGGAGGGCAAUGGCAGCAGAAAGGCCAGGGUUCUAUACGAUUAUGAUGCUGCAAACAGUAGUGAAUUAUCCCUUCUUGCAGAUGAGGUGAUCACUGUGUUCAGUGUCGUUGGAAUGGAUUCAGACUGGCUAAUGGGGGAAAGGGGAAAUCAGAAGGGUAGGGUGCCAAUUACCUACUUAGAACUGCUCAAUUAAAUAGGUGGACUAUGGAAAGAUUAUCCAUCAUGACACCCUAUUUAUAUACAACUAACUCUAAAUAAAGCAGGUUUAGUAUCUUCCAUGUUAAUGUCUUAAAGAGACUGGAAAGAAAAUACCAGCCAUCAGAAACGGGCUUUCUGCCAAUAAAAUUGCUUGGUAACUAUUUCAUUACAGAAUUUAUGUUAGAACUUUCAUACCAAGAAUGUUUUCUUACAAAAUUCUCUUUCUACUGAGGUUUCACUAAUAAGCAGCUUCUACUUUUGAGCCCCAACUUAAAACAGAAGAACUGUUUUCUACUGAAUUUUUCAUUAAUGGCAAGCUUUUUCUUUUCUGUAAAAUAAAUUUAUUGUGAAUUGAAAA